GCGGAAAUCACAAGCCAAUGCGCAUCUCUGUUCCUACCAUCCCGGCGGCGAUCUUGUCGUCGACGUCGUCGGCGAAGCCUAUCUCCCCUGCGGCGGCCGUUGAGCGAAUAGCGAGUUUCCUCGCCUCUGGCAAUGUUGCGACCGUCACCGGAGCGGGCGUCAGCGUCGACUCCGGCAUUAGAGCGUAUCGUGGCUCCAAGGGUCGAUACCUGAAUCCAAACUACAAGCCGAUAUUUUAUCAGGAACUGGUGGACGCUACUAAGAAGGGCUUUGCAUUCAGACAACGAUAUUGGCUACGAUCUUACUUGGGCUAUAAACCAGUCCGAGACGCACUCCCGAAUACUACCCACUAUGCUCUUGCAGCAUUACAGUAUACCAACAUCAUACCCAAGCUAAUCACCCAGAAUGUCGACGGCCUGCACCACAAGGCUCUGGCCGGAAUAUGGGACGAGGCGCGCAUGAAUCAGCAUAUCCUCGAGUUGCAUGGUAGCUUGCAUAAAGUGCAUUGUAGCCAUGGGCAUAUCGUAGAUCGUGACACCUUCCAGGAUCGUUUGUCAGUCGCGAAUCCGCAGUGGAAAGCUUACAUGGACGAGUUGGAAGCGACCGGUCAGAGACCUCGCACAAACCCAGACGGUGACGUCUUCUUGGAAGGCGUAGACUACGGUACCUUCAAGGUACCUGAAUGUCCAGACUGUUUGCUCGAGAGUAGACUUAAUUCGAUCUUGAAACCAGAGCUGAUAUUCUUCGGCGAGUCAAUCAAGCGAGAAGUACGGGAUCGCUCCCAACUAGAUGUCGAGAACUGUAGUAGAUUGUUCCUAGUGGGCACCACUCUUGCGACUUACUCUGCGUUCAGGUUGGUGAAGCAUGCGCUGGAGCUGAAGAAGCCAGUUCUGCUUCUGAACGUCGGCCCAACUAGGGCAGACCCCCUAUCUGGAGUCGAGAAGAUUGAGCUUCCUAGUGGCACUGUGCUCAGAGAUGCUGUUCGAACGGUCCUUGGUAGUCGCGCCAUACAAGAUUCUGUAGUCGAUGCGAUGCUGCAUAGUGGAGUUGUUCGACCGCCGAUCGACGACGACUAGCGUAAACUACAUGUGCCGUGAUUCCACCUCGUAGAUUAAAUGUACUUUUGGCUCACCGAGUCUAUGUAUCCUUUGAAGCAACAUUCCCUCGGCUCGCUUGUACAACCCUGAACUCAGUCGAUGCCCUGGACGUCACAUCGACCUCCAGUCCAUGCGGGCGCUUCGUUAGAAUAAUAAUCCUUCUGGUGCUUUCGAGUGCCGC